UUUCCACGUCGGUUUUUGGUUCUGCUUGCUCUUCUGGUUAACCCUGGCUUUGAUCAGCUGGUCAAUUUAAUUUUAUUAUUAUCAUAAUAAUAUUCAAAUUAAAAUCUAAUCGUUUUCAUCUUUUAGUCAAUUUAUACUAUCUUUUUUUUCUGUUCAUCAACGGAUUUUCCUGAACUAUCGUAGUUAUUCAGCUCUUACAAAAUGUUGACGAAAUGUGGUCGAUUGGUGACAUAUCUACAACGGAAUCGACACUGUAACCUUGUAGCUUUCUCUGGUUAUUCCCAUUCUGUUCGACAUUUGUCGGUCAAGCACCCUCAACGUUUUAUUGCUAGCUUUUACCAAAAAUUAAAUUCUGAUACAAUUUAUAAAAAUGUGUCAUUGAGGAGACCUUUCCACACCAGCCUACAACUAUGUGACGAAGUCAAAUCUGUUUUAGCUCCUCAAUUCGCUGAAUCAAUUAGUGAAGGUGACAUUCGCUGGGAAAAAGCUGUUGGUGAUACUGUAGCUGAAGACGAACUUGUUGCCGAAGUUGAAACCGAUAAGACCACGGUUCCAAUCAAUUCCCCUCAUGCUGGCGUUAUUGAAGAACUUCUUGUGGAAGAUGGAACCGCCAUUAAAUCUGGUCAAGCAAUUUUCAAAAUCAGAGUUGGAGCUGUUGGUGCUGCCAAAAAAGAAUCUAGCGAAUCAUCUACGCAGCCUGAACCCCAACAAUCUCACAGUCCAUCUCCAGUACCACCAUCACCAGCUUCAUCUCAACCUUCAUCACCACCACCAGCUCCACCAAAACCAACAGCACCUUCAUCGUCCACCCCGGUCUUCUCCUUUACACCUCCCACACCCGUAACAGAAGUGCCUGGAGUUUUAGGACCAAAUCGAGCAGAACACCGAGUCAAAAUAAAUAGAAUGAGACAAAGAAUUGCUCAACGUCUAAAAGAUGCCCAGAACACCUAUGCUAUGUUGACAACAUUCAAUGAAAUUGAUAUGAGUAAUGCUAUCGAGUUAAGAAACUCGUACAAAGAUGCUUUUUUAAAAAAGCACAAUCUUAAAUUAGGUUUUAUGUCUGCUUUCGUCAAAGCAACAGCUUACGCUCUUUUGGAUCAACCAAUUGUCAAUGCAGUCAUAGAUGAUCAGGACAUCGUUUAUCGUGAUUACAUCGAUAUUUCCGUUGCAGUCGCUACACCAAAAGGAUUAGUUGUUCCAGUUCUCAGAAAUGUUGAGAAUAUGAAUUAUGCGCAGAUAGAACAAGCAAUUGCUGAUAUGGGAGAAAAGGCUCGAACCAAUAAUUUGGCCAUUGAAGAUAUGGACGGUGGAACUUUUACUAUAAGUAAUGGUGGAGUUUUUGGAUCUCUCUUUGGAACUCCCAUAAUAAAUCCACCACAAUCAGCAAUUUUAGGAAUGCAUGGUAUUGUGGAAAGACCUGUUGCUGUUAAGGGAAAGGUUGAAAUCAGACCAAUGAUGUAUGUAGCUUUAACUUAUGACCAUCGGAUUAUUGACGGAAGGGAAGCCGUAACAUUUUUACGAAAAAUUAAAUCAACUGUCGAAGAUCCUCGACUUAUGCUGUUAGACUUGUAAACAAAGAUAGCUCUAAAAGAUAUACAACUGUUCUCUAGAUGAAAACUAUUAGUAUCAAGCAAGAAAUUAACUCCUCGGAUUCGCAUGAACCUAAUUUAUAAACAACUCUGCUUGAUGUUGUUCAUCAUUCUGCUGAGUAAUAAAAAAACGAUAGUACCUCAAUCCCUUAUUGCUAAAAAUCGAUACAAUUUAAUUUUAAAAUUAAGUUUAAUUGCAUAGUUUUAUCAGCUUGAUUUCAUAGAAAAUUAAUUUUUCGCUCAAUUAUAAUUUUUAUUUGAUCAUUCUACCAAAAAGAAAUUGUUUCAGUUUUAAAUGUGACUUUGUUACAUGAUAAUCGGAGGGAAAAAAACCAAAUUUCUAAUCUCGAAAGUUGAAUUGUACUUUAUUGUAGUCAUAGAGUAAUUCAUACUUCAUCUGCUCUACGAUUAUAAUAAAAAUUAAAGCCUGGAAUAUUAAAUUUGUAAAA